CGGACGGCUGGAUUUCACAGGUAGUCCACGUGUCACAAUCUAAGCUGCACAGGGUGAGCUGGAAAUGGAAAAAUUUAAUUAGGGAACGAGAGAAAGAUGGGUUUGAAAACUUUUCCCGCCUAAACGAAUCGCUGGAAUCGGUGGGGUCCUAGGGAGCGUCCCAUUAUAACUAAGCCACUUUCUUUUCUCUAUUGCCCUUUCCUUCUCCAACACAGGCUGUUAGUUGUACUGCUUUACUGUGAACUCUGAUUCCCAAUUCUGCCACCACCCUCGAUCGCGAAAGGAAAAUGGAAGCCACCGCAGUCACCGAGCAGAAUCAGCAGCCGGAUUCCGGCGCCGCUUCCGCUUCUUCUGGGGGUUCGAUCGGGAGAACGAAGCUGCGAUAUCCUCUAAGAUCCGCGGUGAAGUCCAAGGAGGAGAAACCGCCGGCAGUUGCCGAUUCCACCACCUCUGCUUCGUCGAGGAGGGGAAGACAGGCAUCCAGUGUGAGUAAAAGCGUAGGGGUGCUGGAUCUUUCUGCUAAGGGCAAAUCAUCAGCCAAACCCCCCAGAAGACUGUCCAACCCUACCAAGCCCGUCGUAGGUACUCCAUACCCUAGGCAUGGCGGAAACAUACCAGCAAUAUCUGAGACCAGAAGCAAGAGGAAUGCCAUCAGCCAAGGAAAGAUCGAAACACCUCCUUCUGAUGCCUCGAGGGCUUCCGUUCCACGGACCUUCAACAGGCUGUCCUCGGCUUCGUACUGGUUGGCACAGAUCAAGCUCUCUGAAUCUUCAGCCAAGCACUUGGUUUCUCUGGGUUUCUUCAAACUCGCCCUGGAAGCUGGAUGUGAGCCUCUUCAAAAGAUGCGCGAUGAGCUCAAGUCUUAUGUGCGGCGAUUUGAGCUUAGUGAGCUUGAAGAGUCCAAGGAGCUGUUUAAGAAGUACAAUAUCUCUGAGAAUCAAGUUCAAGAGCAGCAGCAGGUGCAAGUCUCAGUUUCUGUGACCUACUCUCAGGCACCAGAAGAGGGAACUCGAUCAUCAUCUGAUGAGGAAUUCCAUAGUUCCUCUUCUACCGCAGGAACCAUGAAACUGAGACCCAGGUCGUUAAAUGCUGGUGCUCGAUCAGUCAAGAAAGAGGCCACCAAAAAGACUGCUGCUGGUGCUACCACCAAGAGUAAAGUUUCUUCACUCUCAAGCAAGACUACCGUGAAUAACAAGUCUGUCUCAGAGGCUGGAGCUGGUAAGUUGCAGAAGAAAACCCAGAAGCCAAUCAAGCAGGAUGCAGUUGUGAAGAAAGGGAAGGAUCAGGUCAAGAAGAAACCAGGAAACAAGUCUUCACCUGAAGCAGGUGAAGAACAACUCAGCCUUGUACCUGUUACUGCCUGUAUAACCGAGGAGAACAAAGAAAACAUGGAUGAAACACCAAUGGAGGAAAUAGGUACGACUGAAGUCGCUUAAGGAAGAGAGCAAUGAGUAAUUUGAAGCUAUAUAAUUACUACAUUCGUUGGUUGAACUUUUGCAUCCUGAUUAUGGAUUUGUCUUCAGUGUUUUACAUUAGUGGGGACUUUUCCUUUGUAUAGAAAGGAGAUCAAAUAUUAUGUUUUUUUUUAUCCUUUGAGUUGCUUUAAGUUUGGGUGUGAGGAAAGGAAAUCGUCUUUUCUGUUGGUUCUUUUAGCUUGAAAGUUUGUAUCGAGAAUUCUUGUGGUUUGUUCAUCUAUGGAGGAGAUUGCUUUGGUUUUCUUAUGUUUUCUCCCGUCCACUUGAGCUCUAAUCUCAGUGAAUCAGAUAUCCCAUCACUUUGGUAGCCAACUUCAACAUGUUCAUCAAGUGUUCUAGGAGUGCCAAGUACUUUUGAGUUUUGACAAGAAUAGUUACUUUGAUGAACUUGGGACUGGGUAGUCUUUGAGAUUUGGAAAGAACUGAGAAUUGUUGGGGGGGGGGGGGGGGGGGGGGGGGGGGGGGGGGAAUCUUGCAAAGUGGAAGAAAAAGAUGGACUUGUUGGGCGAGCAGAUUGGGGGAAAAAAGAAUAUUGCAAAAU